CCCCCACCCGAGCGACCGUCAGUUGCUCCGAGGUCGUCGUAGCGGAAGGUUGAUUCGCGUCGGCUCCACGUUCCCAGCGCGGUUUUAUCAUGUUUUUACGCCAAUUAAAAAUACGGGGCAUAUCGAUGUGAUUAUUUUUUGCGAAUAUCAGUGGCCGACGACCGCUCGUCGAUUUUUGGAUUAAAAAAAUUUACACGCGACGAGCGAUUAACGACGACAAUCGCACAGGCGGUCAAACCCCGUUCCCGCUUAUUAUCGUCGCCGCUCGACGCUCGUAUUGUUUAUCGUUUUGUUCGGAGGUGGUUUUUUUUUCUUCAACGUUUUAUUUUUCCUUCGUUUCGAUUGCGCUGUGAUUUUUGCAAAGUGGAUAACCAUUUUUAGUCGACCCGCCAAGUGCCCAACCUCUCGAGAGUGAGUUCGACGAACCCCGUUUACGAUACUCCGAUUCUCGCGUACAUUCGAAUUUCGUGGAGGUGUGUGUGUGGUGACCGGUGUAUUAUCCUACAGUUCGGAAAACACACCACGCUACUGUGCAAAGUGACCCCUUUCCCGUUGUUUGGUUUACUCGUUGCAAACGCAUUUUCCUCGAUUUUUCGUUCGCUUAUUUUUACGUUUUUUUUUUUUUUUUUAAGGGCCGCGCAGACGCGGUCGAAAGGAAAAACGUGAAGUUUUUGUGCUCCUCGUCGUUUCUAUUUGUAUCGCCAUUGGCGGCUCGUUAACGGACAGCGGCGUAGCCGCGCGCAAUUUUCAAAUUGACGCCGACACAACGAAACGUGCGCGCGUGUGUGCAUUUCGUGCAGAUGCAUCUAGUGAACAAUAAUAAAAAACACGACCAGUAAAUAAAUGGAGCCAACGGUGAUCGCGGAUCGUUAGAGCGGAGGAAAGGGAGGUUGUUUUAUUUUUUUUCAUACAUAUUCGAAACCAAGGAAUAAUCGGAAUCCAGAAGAAAUUGAUAUAUCGAGAAGUCGUGUGAAUGGCUCUUAAAACUGAUAUUGUAAAAAUCUGUUCUUCGCCGUUUGGAUUCUCCAGUGAUUUAUAAUCAUAAAAUGUGGUGACCUAGGCUCUGUGAAUUUGUCAAUUUGCGAUUCCCUCGGGCGGGGCGAAGAGACGGGAGUGUUUUUUACGAUUUUUAAAAAUCUGGAAGAUGUAUCCGAGUGCAGGAAUGAACGCUGCUGCGGUUGCUGCAGCUGCAGCCGCCAGACAUCCGGGUCCGCCGCAACCCGGUCAGCCGUUCAAGUUCACGGUUGGGGAAUCUUGCGACAGAAUCAAAGAGGAGUUCAACUUUCUUCAGGCCCAAUAUCACAACUUAAAGUUGGAGUGCGAGAAAUUGGCCAGUGAGAAAAUUGAGAUUCAAAGGCAUUACGUGAUGUACUACGAGAUGUCGUACGGACUCAACGUCGAGAUGCACAAACAGACGGAAAUAGCGAAGAGGCUGAACGCCAUCAUCGCCCAAAUAUUACCGUUCCUAUCCCAGGAACAUCAGCAGCAAGUUGCCACCGCUGUCGAAAGGGCGAAACAGGUCACGAUGACGGAAUUGAACGCCAUCAUUGGACAACAGCGGCCUGAUAUCUCAAGAAUGAUGCAACAGAUGCAAGCUCAACAUCCAGGUGUGGCGAUGGGACCUCAUCCGGGUCUACCGGGUCUACCUGGACUCGGACCUGCCGGAGGACUUCCGGUACCGACCUCGGCGUCCGCGGCUCUCCUCGGACUCGGUCUUCCGCCAGGAGCCGGUGCGGCGCCCGGUGGCAGCGCACCGCAUCCACUGGCCAUCCUCGCUAAACCCGAACACCACAGAGGACAAUCCGAUGACCUCAAACCUAACGGAGGCCUGAAUCCAGCUGAAGAGAGGCAUAGAAAUUCGAUGUCCCCGGCCGAAAGGGAGAAGUACAGCAGACCCAGGAGUACGCCGGACCCCCAGCACCACGAACAUAUGCAUCAUAAGAAGAUGAAGAAAGAACAGGACAAGGAUAUCGGACACAGCGACGGUGAGAAAAGUGACCAGGACUUGGUGGUGGACGACGCGAGCGAGGGUCCGAACAGUCCAACGGCGAACGGAACGUCUUCGCCCAGAGAAAACGGCCUGGACAAAAUGGGACCAGCUUCGGUGCCGAUGAGCAGCCAAGUGAAGAAAGAGGUACCACCGCCGUCGCCGAGAAGCGGGACGAGCAGUAACGCGAGUACACCGUCGGCGAAAAAGAUGGAAGAGAGAGAAAAACCACCAACGCCUAUAUCGAAACCGGUAACACCGACGUCCGCCGGUGGCAGUAGCUCUGGUUCCGGGGGAUUGAAAUCGUCCGUGUCAAACAAACCCCUCGUUUCCGCAUCCGCCGUUGGACCUUAUCCCCAACAUUAUCCACCGCCGCAUCAUCCACCUGCCGGACCCCACGUCGAUAUGCUCGGAUAUCCGCCUGGCGCUCUCAACGGAUACCCCGCCAGACCUCCUCUUCAACAGUUGUACGACCCGCACGGAGGCAUGAGGGCACCUUUAGGACCGCUGGGCGUACCGGGAGGAAAACCGGCGUACAGUUUCCACGUUUCCAGCGAGGGUCAAAUGCAGCCGGUCCCUUUUCCCCCAGAUGCCUUGAUAGGUCCUGGCAUACCUAGGCACGCGCGGCAAAUAAAUACAUUGACACACGGGGAAGUUGUCUGCGCGGUAACCAUAUCGAACCCCACGAAGUACGUGUACACCGGCGGUAAAGGGUGCGUCAAAGUCUGGGACAUCAGCCAAGGCGGAAGUGGAAGCGCAAAGCCGGUUUCCCAGCUCGAUUGUCUCCAGAGGGACAACUAUAUCCGAUCGGUGAAGCUCCUUCCGGACGGGAGGACGUUGAUCGUCGGCGGAGAAGCUAGUAAUCUCAGCAUUUGGGACUUGGCGAGUCCCACGCCCCGGAUAAAAGCGGAACUCACGUCCUCGGCGCCGGCCUGCUACGCCCUCGCGAUAUCCCCGGAUUCUAAGGUCUGCUUCAGCUGCUGCAGCGACGGGAACAUCGCGGUCUGGGACCUGCAGAACCAGACGCUGGUCCGACAGUUCCAAGGGCACACGGACGGUGCUUCUUGCAUCGACAUAUCCGCCGACGGGUCGAAACUCUGGACGGGAGGACUCGACAACACGGUGAGAUCUUGGGACCUCCGCGAAGGUCGGCAGCUGCAACAGCACGAUUUCACAUCCCAGAUAUUUUCACUGGGCUACUGUCCCACCGGCGAAUGGCUCGCCGUUGGAAUGGAGAACUCCAACGUCGAGGUUCUGCACGCUACCAAACCCGACAAGUACCAACUUCACCUUCACGAGUCAUGCGUUCUGUCGCUGAGGUUCGCGUCCUGCGGGAAGUGGUUUGUCUCCACCGGAAAGGAUAACCUUCUCAACGCCUGGCGCACGCCUUACGGAGCGUCUAUAUUCCAGUCGAAGGAAUCCUCGUCGGUUUUGAGCUGUGACAUCUCAACGGAUGACAAAUACAUCGUGACUGGAUCCGGUGACAAGAAGGCGACGGUCUACGAAGUGAUAUAUUAGGCGUAAAGACGAUCUUGGAAAGCUUGUUGAUACAUACUUAAAAUACUUGUACUUGUUAACAUAUUUAUGGAAUUCAUAAACAUAGCAAACCUUCUAUAAUCAGAAAAACCUGAUCUGCGCAAUCGUUGUGAAAAAAAGAAAGAAAAAGAAAAAGAAAACGAAAAAAUUUUUACACAAACGUUGCUCGGCUGUCAAAAAGAUACUAGCUGACGCAAGUUUCAAUUUCAUAGCACCCCGCGCUUGAGCGUUCUUGCCAGAGAAUUUCCACCAUCUGAGGGUCAACUCGAUGGAAGUAAUCAUCCGAUUGAUCGUAUCGGAUGAAAUUUGGCUGUAGUUUCCUUUCCCCCCCCCCCCCCCCCCCCCUGCACGGUUCAACGAUUAUCGUUGCAUAUCCUGUGAAUCGCUUUUGUUUAAUGCGCGGAGCUAUGAAUAAACCGAAUUACGGACUGAUUAAACUACGGAUGAACUAGAUUCUAGGGACUGAAGUUAUAUAAAUAUAUAAAGACGUAAUUAGAUAUUUAAGGCUGUAUAGAAUCCCUAAUCUUAUAAGUUGAGAACGUUAUGUAUGGUGAGUUAUUAGUUACUAGGUGAAUGUGCUUGUUUCCACCGACGAUAUACAUACCUAGACGCGUAUGUAAAAUUAAAAUUGAUAUCAAGAAUUCUUGAAUCGUUGUAUAUUCUUUUCGGAAGAAACAUGCUAUCUAUGUAAAAUAAAAUGCAAAAAAAAAACUCUAUCGUAUGACUGUAUGAAAGGUGGCUCGAUUAUCUCUAGAAAGUUAAUCUGAGGCGUAAAACAAGGUGUUUAAUUAACGAGUGAAUGACAAAAGUGAUGAAAUACCUGACGACGUAUUGAAUUUACACGUAGAUAUACCAGUAUGAUGAAUCAAUGAAUUUGAAGAAGAAAAAAAUAAAAAUAAUUGAAUGAUGAAAAUGCGAAGAAUAAGAGAAGAAAUUGAAAAUCUAGACGUAUAUUCUGCUGACAAAUGAUUAUACAUAUACACAUAAAAAUAUAUAAAUAUAGUCUCGCGAAUAAGUGUUCUCUCUGCAAAUCUACGUAAAUAUUUCUUACAUACAAUAUGAACUUGAUGGCGAUAGGACGUUUUACGUACGUAGAUACGUGUUUUAUGACACGGUGAUAUACAUGCGCGUGAUCUAUAAUGCAUCGAUGCAACAAUGCAAAAUGCAAAAUUGAGAACCACGUAUCGCGUAACUCACUGCAGUUGCACACUUUACGAGAUACUCAACGAUAUUUUUGUGACUGUCAUGUAAACGCUUGAUAAAAAAGAAAAAAACAGAAACAAAACCCACAAAAAAAAAAAAAAUAAGGAAAAUUAAAACAAAAAGAUUUUACCAACCGGGCGAGGAUCGCGUUUAGCGAUGAAUUUUUAUCAGAAUAGCGUGAUGCCGAACGGCAAUUUUGACUCGUGCUCUGUUGUUGAUUUUCGAUAAAAGUUCAUCAGACGCGAUCCACGCGAUUGUUAGAGGCCUAGUUAUAAAUAGGUAGCGCGUUUUACGGCUAGCCGUGUGCGAGAACGAGAUGCAAACGGAUAUUUAUAUUUUGUUACAGGAUGACACAAUGGCAUUGCUGUGGUUGUGGCAAAUAAUGCACGUAUAUUGAAAAAUUGUAUUUAUAAGUUUAUUGUUGAAAAACGAUGUGUAAAACGCAAAUUUGGGACGACCACAGCUCCGAUGAAUAGACCAAUAGAAACAACGAUACCUCAACAAGACUCAAUAGUUAAUUAUCACUAACAAAACAAAUCAAGUUUAUUAUAAAUCAAUAUUCUUUUACAGUGUAAGCACAACGGAAUGAAAUAUUAAAUUAUUAUCACUAUUAUUAAUUAUCCAACAUUGCGUCCUUCGCAUCCUUCGAAUGUUCUCAAUAUAGCGCUUUCAGAAAAAAAAUUCUAUUAUGUUUACAUGUCCCCCACAAUGUCACAGUUCCAAGGGCGGUUCGGUCAAUGCAAAAUGCAAUUCGUUUUUAACGAUGUUUGAAAAAGAAAAUAAUCAUUUCAUGCACAGUUCAUGUUGUUCCUAUAGCUACGCAAAUAUUGUUUCUUUCGGCAAUUAAACCAUCUAUACAUAUAAGAAAUCGAAA